CUCAAGGCUUUUCAUUCUUCUCUCUUCUUGUUUUCCACAUCUCAACUUAUAUCAAUACAUUGUGUUUUUCCAUUAAAAAAAAAACACCCCACUAGGCAGAUAUGGCUGAUACAGCAAAAUAUACACCAAUUAAUGGUGGAAAAACUCUGAUUACAGACCUGAAAACUCACUUCUCUUUUCUUAAAACCAAAAGAACUGUUACUUGUGCAUAUGGGUUCAUGUUUGUUUUCAUUCUUGUUACUUUUUUCUUGGCUUUUAGUCCUUCACCCAACUCUUCUUCUCCUUGGUUCACAAAUAUCUUCUCUUUAAGCAGUAGUAGUACUAGUACUAGUAGUGGAAGUACUUUUUCUGAUGAAUCUUCUAGAUCUCACUUCUCUUCAGUUUAUUCUUACUUUUUCCCCAAUUCCUCACAGCAACUUCAAAAUUUCACUAACCCCAGAUCCCAAAACUCCAAUUUUGAGCCUCUAAACAAUGAUUCAGAUGAUAAAGGUGAAGUCUUGGAAAGCCCCUUGAAGCCUUCUGUGAAUGUGUCAGCAGUAGCACCAGUAUCUUCAUCUGGGUUGAAUCAAGAAUCAUCAAGUGUGAAGGAUCAGUCUAAAAGUAAGGAUUUUGAUGAUAAAAAUGGAGUCUUGAAAAACCCCUUGAAGCCAUCUGUGAAUGUGUCAGCAGUAGGAUCAAUAUCUCCAUCUGGGUUGGAUCAAGAAUCAUCAAGUGUGAAGAAUCAGUCAAAAAGUAAGGAUUUUGAUGAUAAAAAUGGAGUCUUGGAAAGCCCCUCAAAGCCUACUGUGAAUGUAUCAGUAGUGGCAGCAAAAUCCUCUUCUGAGUUGAAUCAAGAAUCAUCAAGUGUAAAGAAUCAGCCUAAAAGCAAAGAUUUUGAUGAUAAAGUUGGAAACUUGAAGGCAAAUCAGAGUAAAAAUCCAUUGGAAAAGUCAUCAGCAAGUGUCAAUCAGACAGCAAAAUCUGGUAGUGAGAGUAAAGAGAAGGGAAUUGCAGAAAAGGGAGUGAAGGGUAAUUUCACUUCCUCAUUUGUGAAAAGCCAGAGUGAUGGAACAAAUUUAGAUGUGUCUGCAAAGAAGAAGAAGGAUGAAGAUUUGGUUAAGUCUUUAUUGAGUUGUGAUUUUUUUGAUGGGAAUUGGGUGAAAGAUGAGUCUUAUCCUUUGUAUAAACCUGGUUCUUGUUCUCUGAUUGAUGAACAAUUUAACUGUUUUCUCAAUGGUAGACCUGAUAAUAAUCACAUGAAGAUGAAAUGGAAGCCCAAUGCUUGUACUCUUCCAAGAUUGAAUGGAACUCAUAUGCUGGAAUUGUUGAGAGGAAAGCGAUUAGUAUUUGUCGGUGAUUCGCUCAAUAGGAACAUGUGGGAAUCCCUUGUUUGCAUUCUUAGAAACUCUGUCAAAGAUCAGAAAAAAGUUUAUGAAGAAUCUGGCAGACAACAUUUUAGGACUGAGGCUUCAUAUUCAUUUCUAUUUGAGGAGUAUAAUUUCAGAGUGGAGUUUUUUGUAUCUCCAUUCUUGGUUCAAGAAUGGGAAUAUGCAGAUAAAAAAGGAACAAAGAAGGAAACACUUCGACUUGAUUUGAUCGGACAGUCUGCUGAUAAAUAUAAAAAUGCAGAUAUCUUAAUCUUCAACACCGGCCACUGGUGGACACACGAGAAAACUUCCUUGGGGAAGGACUAUUAUCAAGAAGGAAGUCACGUAUACAACGAAUUAGAUGUUCUUGAGGCAUUUCGAAAAGCUUUAACAACAUGGGGAAGAUGGGUUGAUUCCCAUGUAAAUCCUAAGAAAACAUUUGUUCUCUUCAGAGGUUAUUCUGCGUCUCAUUUUAGCGGCGGACAAUGGAAUUCAGGUGGAGCUUGUGACCAUGAAACAGAACCAAUCAAGAACACAACAUAUCUAACACCAUAUCCAUCAAAGAUGAAUGUAUUAGAAAGAGUUUUAAAAGGGAUGAAAACUCAAGUCUCAUAUCUCAAUAUCACAAGAAUGACUGAUUUUCGAAAAGAUGGUCAUCCAUCAGUGUAUAGGAAACAAAAAUUUACAGUUGAAGAGAAGAAAACACCAUUGUUGUUUCAAGAUUGUAGUCAUUGGUGUCUCCCUGGUGUGCCUGAUGCUUGGAAUGAGUUGCUAUAUGCCAAGAUUUUAGUAAAUCAACAUCAAAAACAACAAGACGACAAGAAGUCGUAGAGGGUCGGGCCCAUUAUUCAUCGAGUGUCACACUAGUAAGCCUCAUUGACCCUCAGGAAUUUCUCGAUUAUAUAUACAAGAAUAUGGGAGAGUAUGUUUAUAGACUAUAUACGCGAGAGUUGAGAAGCUUCCCUCAUUCUUUUCGUGAAGGGGUGCCUUGGAGCAACAAUAAUGUUGUCUUCAUGUAAUCUAUGCAUUAUUGGUUCGAGCUGUGUAAUCAAUUACUGAUGCUUAUGUCAAGGUAGACUAUCUAUAUCACAUCAUGUAAAUUAUAUUCUUAAAUUAUUUACAUUAUUUAUUAUGAAUAAUUUAUAGAAUCAUAAGAUUAAUCGUGCUUGGGAUCA